AAGUCAUCAAUCCUCUUUGGCUCAAAUCCUCCAGUCACUCGAAAUCGUUUCUCUCAUGGCAGCUUCUUCCUCGAUUCCGCCGUCAACCGCCGUAACCUCCGUCGUACGCAAACCCCUACUCCUCUCUACCACAUUCUCCUUCCCGGCUUCUUCCCUGUCUCCCUCCACCAAAUCACCACAAAGACAAAUCCAUAGAUUGCUCCUAGCUUCCUCCUCUGCCUCCGCAUCCGCCGUCCCUUCCGACUCCAAACCGGUGAAGAAAGAAACUAUCUACUUCGACGGCGGAGCUCAUUACGGAGAUCUAUUGGCCAAUCUCAUCCUAGGUCUAACCAUCCUCUGGCUCCCACUAACCUUAGCAGCAGUGUCUCGAGCCUUUAACCUCCGAUACAGGUUCACAAACCUUCGCGUGACGGUGAUCUCGGGUCUCACCGGGGAAGACAGGAGCGACUUCUCGUACAAAGUGAUAAAGGACGUGCAAGUAGUGCCGAGGUUCAUAGGAGAAUGGGGUGACAUCAUCAUCACUUUGAGAGACGGGACAAAAGUGGAUUUGAGAAGCGUUCCCAAGUUCAGACAGAUUGCUAAAUAUUGUUUAUCUAUGGCUGAUCAACCUGCUGUUUUGAAAGAAUCUGGCGCCAAAGGCUUUUGAUUUUUAUUUUUCUCAAAAAUUACUCACAUUCUGUGUGCAAACAAAUCGAAUUCUCCCUUGUGUUGUGAUUUUUUCUAGUAAUAGUGUAUAUUGAAUCAUUUUGAUUUCCA